AUGCUAAAUCAUGUAUAUAGACAAGACAUUUCAACUAUAGUUCAUGAUUCUCUUAAAAAAACUCAGAAUAAACCAAACAAAACAAAUGGUCAUUCUAAAUUGAUAAAACCAACAUCAAAAUUUCUACUUGCUAAUAUUUAUGAUCAUAUAAAUAAACAACAUUUCGAAUCAAAUGAAAUUAUUGAUGGAUUAAAAAAUUUAAUAUCUUGUCUUGAUGUAUAUUUUGAUAUGGAACCAACAGCCAAUAGAAAGUCUAUUAACAAACAUACAGAACUCCAGUUUUUUGAAACAGCAGGGUUGUGUUCUGAUGAAUAUAUAAGAUGUACAGAACAAUUCUAUUCUGAGCCUAUGUCUAGUAACACUAUGAUUUGUAUGAAUGAAGAUGAUAAUGGAAAUUGCUGUGGAAAUGUUCUGUUAUUAUUUAAGUUUACAAAUUCCAAUUAUUUAAAUGAAGAUUUGGCUUUAAUUCAAUGGUAUGAUUUUAAAUAUAUAGAUGAUCCAAAAAGGUUUUACAAAUAUGAAUGUCCUUAUCUUAAAUUAACUAAAAGUUAUAAUAUUUGUUGA